GCUAUCGAAAGGGAUGGUUGUUACACUUUGAUUUUUAAUUUUAUAUUUAAAAUUACGAAACGCAUGAAGUAUAAUGUAACUUUAUAUGGAUAGUGAAUGUUGAUUUUGUGUUAGUGUAUUUAUAUUAGUGAUGUGUGUGAAAACGUGUCUGUUUAGAGUAAUUCUUGUUAUGUGCUUGACCGUUGGGAAACUUAUAAAUGGAGGAACUGAACAGUCUACGGAGAAAGAACUAAGACCAGAGUAUAUACACCCCGAAGGUCUCCUCAAUUUCGAUCCAUAUCUCUCAGAUUUCAAACCAGAAGUUGAAGAAGAUGACUACAUACCACUUCCAGAAAAUGAUGAGACCAUAGAUGGUCUACCUAUCUUCCUUCUGGAGCCCAAGAACUCUUAUGUCCUACGAACAAAGCCAGCGACAUUACUCUGCAGAGCUGCGAACGCUCUUCAAGUAUUCUUCAAAUGCAAUGAUAACAGAAUAGAGAAGACCAUUCAGUUGGAGCAUGUAGAUCCUCAGAAUGGAGUGAGGGUUGUGGAAGCGGAACUGAAUGUAACGAGAAACGAGAUCGAGGAGUACUUCGGUGGUAAAUAUUCGUGCCAGUGCUACGCAUGGAACAGUAAAGGGAAGAUACGAAGUCAGGAUGUUUAUAUCGAAUAUGCAUAUAUAAAGAAGCAAUUCACCCAGCAGCCACAGUCCCAGUCACUGGAGGCUGGAAGACAAGCGACAUUCCGAUGUAGUCCCCCUGCUGCCGCCCCGCCAGCUACCGUCAAGUGGACCCGAAACGGCGCUGCUCUUGAGGCGUUUGAUGAAAUGCUGAUCCUACCUAAAGUUGGCUUGCAGGACAUGGCGAACUAUUCGUGCGUGGCUGAGAACGUCGCGGGGCGACGCGACUCGGACGUAGCUGUGUUGUCUGUCUACGUGAACGGAGGCUGGUCGGAGUGGUCUGCCUGGGUCGCGUGUCGAUGUGGUGUUCAGAGCAGCGGCAGACGGAGGACGAGGACCUGCAGCGAGCCAGCCCCCACCAACGGGGGGGCGCCGUGCAGGGGUCCGUCCUCGCAGAGUGAUGACGACUGUCUCCGAUGUCAGAAUGGCUCCUGGUCACCAUGGAGUGGUUGGUCUGCCUGCAGUGAGGACUGUAUCAGGGUCAGAAGGCGGCAGUGUGUCGGCUCCUGUGCUGGCUCCACAUUACAACACGCAGCCUGUGUGGAUGGCCUAUGUGCAGCUGGUAUGCGACUGUACAAGAACAAUCUCCCCAUGUACGUGGGAAUUGGCAUCACAGUCGCAAUGCUGGCAACUGGAGCUGCCAUAUUGUAUGUCUGGUGUAAAUACAAAUCGAGACCUGGGUACACUGCGGCUUCUACAGGAAUACCAAAGAGCUUCACGCGCGAUAAGAACCCCGCGCCAGACCUGACGAGAGCGUGCAAUGAAUAUUGGAUGCGGAACGAAAACCAAUAUGACCUGCCUCACAUGAGAGACAGUUACUCGUCGCCAUUCGGCAACAGAACUCACCACUCGUCUGGCAGCAACCACUACGAGAUGAAGCCUUACAGCCCGUCCGGGGAAUCAGCAUCAAGUUGUUACACCAACUCAAGAACUAUGACGUCACGCUCCAGCGAAUGCUCGUCUCAGCUCGCGGAGCUGGUGACCUCGUCUCCGUCUCCAUCUAAGGUGGACGUCGCUGUCACCCUGCCUCCUGGCUCCAUGGAAUCCAGCUACAGGGACAAAAUAUGCUUGACCAUUGUUAAAUAAAAAUCUUUAUCAUCAGCGUUGUAUUCCUUUUGUAAUCGUCAAAUUGUUUUGUAUUUAUAAAUAUUUUUGUAAAAAUGACAGCAAAUGCUUACGGUCAGUAAUUAUAUGAGGCGGGUAAUCUAAAGUGACCAUCUGCUCAAUUUUUUUUUUAUGUAAUACGCUUGUAGCCAGUCACUAAAAUAAAAACACAAUUAUAAUAGGGAGUCACCCUAUUAAAAAAAUGGUUGAAGCAGAUCUUUUACACUACAUUAGUUAUAAAAAUGCUACGUUAAAUAUGAUUUAAAUUAAAAUAUUCGCCUUAUAUAUCAACCAUCAACUAUUAAUGAAGCAGUUUUGAAAUACCUAACAGACAAAUAGGUACAUAGAUUAUACAUACCAAGUAUGUUUAAUUUGACUAUGGUCACCAUUAUUCAUUAUUUAAUAGUUGUCUUAUAUUACCUGUAAAAAUAUUGAAUACCCAAUAAUCUACGUUAACAUGUAAAAACAACGAAGAAAUAAAUAUAGUAAGUAUUCUGAUACUUGACGAUUAUCGUGAAGUUUCUUAUGUUUAUUGUCUUAUUACAUUUAUUUAAUUAGGUUUUUAGAUCAAAUGAAAUUACUGUAUUAACCUAUAAAAAUACUUGAUAAUUCGAUUUUGUAUAAGUAUUUUUUUCCCAAAAAAGGUUGGUAUUAAGUUACUAGUGGGCAGUUAAUUUCUUAGCACUGAUUUCAAAUGAAUUGUCCUUAAGAAUAUCAAUUCGAUCCAUUUUAUCCCUAAAAUAUGGAAUCGUGUUUACAUCAACGUGAGGAAAAAAUGUUUAUUUAACAUGUAAAUUAAAAAUAAUGAAUAUUGUGCUUAUAUAUUGAAACACGACUAUUCAGUUUCCUCAGUUUAAAAUAGAUGGAAAAGAGCUUUAAAGCGUUCAUAUUACUUAUAUUCUAUUAUUUAUUCACCUGUACAUGACAUACUUUACAAUGAAGCGUCUUCUUCAGAGAUAUCCUUAGAUAUUGUCCUAAAUCAUGAAUAUAAAAUAAUGCCAGUUCCUCGAGCACCACAAUAUAAUCAAUUUCAUUGAAGACUGAAUCGGAGACGAGGCCAAUAAAGCAUUUACUAUUAUUUAUUUGUUGUAUAGGUACAAUAUGAUCACGUAGUGUGUAAAUAUUUUAUUUAAAACUGUGAUAUUUUGUAAUGAUGAAUAAAUGUGACAAAAAUUU